CUAUAACUUGACACACGAUAUUAACUCUUGCACACAUCGCGAAUAUCCAGAGGACGCGUUUUUAUCGAGGAAGCACCUGGCGCCAAAGCGAUUUUCAUAAUAAGAGCUUAAGUAUUUAGACUGAUACGAGAUACGGGCGGCGCUCAGUCUGGGAGCAGCGGGCGCGACAGGCGGAGGUGCGGCUGUGGCGAGAGCGAGCGAGCGAGCGAGCGAGGACCGUGUGCCAGGAUCGACCGUCGAGUGUGUAUACGGACUCUGGAGUGUGAAUACGUACUCUCUCUGCCUCUUUCUGUUCGACUUCUACUGCUGCCCAGUUAUCGACGAGUCACUGUGUGCCACCUGUAGGAGAACCGAGGCCGACAGUGUUGUGCGAGCGCCUCUACAAGUGUCGCUUCCAGUGGUGACCGGCGAGCGACGAGACCCCUGCAAGCAACAUCGAUUAGUUCCCACACCUGUCUUUCUGCCCAGCAUCAUGGGGGAUGCCAAACUUGCGACCUUGUUGGACAUCGCCAAGCACCCCGAGUACUCCGAGGAGGAGCUCAACAAGCUGUACAGCCUGUUCUGCAGGUACGCCUCGCCCAACACCAAGAAGGGCCACAUCUCGCUGGACAGCUUCAAGAAGCUCCUUGAGGCCCUGCAGCUGACCCAGACGCAUCUGGAGGCCAAGGAGACGUACGACAAGGCAGCCAAGGACGGCAAGCUCUCCCUCGACGAGUUCAUGAAGCUUGUGAAGGACCUCGAGUCGAAGACCGGGAAGAUCAACCUCGACCUGGUGAUCAAGCUGGCGGCGCAGGAGGAGGUUGAUGUGGACAACGUGGGCGUGGGUGGCGCCAAGAGGUUCUUCGAGGCCAAGGCGCGCAUCCUCGAAGUAGGAGACGCUGCCUACCGGGCCUUCGAGGACAAGAAGAGAGAGGAGGAGGAGAGGAAGAGGAGACAGGAGGAGUUCAAGAAGAAGAGGGAGCAGUUCCAGCAGGCGGCGUAAGGUUCAAGGGAAACGCGCCGAGAUCAUGAGUGAAGCCGCGUGCAUGGCGCUCAGAUUCACAGGCUAAAAGACACACGUAAACCCGUAUUGUGUAAAAUACCACCUUCGUUGAGAAAGCAAAAAAAAGGGAGACAUAUGGUAAGGAUUCAAACCCAGUUUAGAAGAGUCAAUUAAAGGAUCUAAGUCAGUCAUGUAUUCAGUAGCGUUAGGAGCAUCUGGAAGGAGAUUCACACGGAAACUUACCUCAGCUGAAUGGUCCGAUGUAACUUAGUAAUGGCAGUAAAUAUACAGCUUUGGCAUAUCCACUCCUAGGGUUUAGAGUACUUGUACAUAUCCUUUAAGGGCGAUAUGUAACGAAAAAAGAUGGUUAAUUUCUGUAGGCCAAUGGAAUGCGUGCUGUAGUUGAAUGAGCUGAGAGCAGUAGGCUACAUCCUAUAGUACAAUCUGCUCUAGCACGAGAGACAGAGAGGAACCAAAAAUCAAAAUCAGUUCUCACUUAAACGGAAUAGGUCCAGGGUCGAUCAGCAUCGGAUUUUUACCUUGCUUUUAUUUGCCCUUCAUAACAUAACAAUAAGGGCGAAUUCGCUGUCAUUUCAUUGUAACUAACUCAUCUUAGUUGUAGGUCUCACCAGCACGACUGUUCCGCUGACACUAAAUGAAUACACUAGGCUAGUUAAACUACAUGAUGUUAGGUUUAGGAAUUUCGUUAUUUUGAUAUAGUCCCUCUCUUUUAUUAUCUCUUCGUUUCUCUCUCCCUCCCCCAAUCUUAACUAGUCUGCUCCUUUUCUUUUUCUUCUCUCUCUCUUUUUUUUUAAACAUCUGCGCGUCAUUAUUCAGCCAAUUCAUCUUCCAUUGUGUUUUACGAGAUAAGCGAGUCGGCAGACAAGCUACGAUACCACAUGUUGUAAAUACAAGCUCGAGCCAUGUGUUUGGGGGAUGCACGUCUCUGUUAGCGCUUCUCGUGGGAUUAUUUUACUUAAACAAAAAUUUUCUGGGGUUUCAUGUUAUAAUUUAGGAAAUGGAAUGUUUUUUUUUUUUUUUUUUUUAAUAUGAAGGAGUGAUCCAUUUCGGGAGGAAAAAAAUAUCAAGAGACUUGCAUUUCUGGUGGUUCGUGUUUUUUUUUCUUUAUCAAUAAUCAAUAUUAAUCUUGAUAUAAAGUCAGUAUUCAAUAGAUGUGAGUGCAGUAUUACUGUCUAAUAAAUUCUGUAUUUAAAGUUAGUUUAUGUCUGGAUAUCCAUAGAGAUACUUUGGAAAAAGGAGAAUAUUUUGUCGUUUACUGAACACAGAAAAAAAUAUUUUAUAGCUUUCCCUCAAAGAAGAGAGAAAAGCAAAGCAUAUAAAUUAUUUAUAUCUUCAUGAAGAAAGUGAAAGUUACUAUUAUUUAAUUAUCAUUAUGAUUGUGAUUACAUGAUACUUGGAAGGACCACAAUUUAGCCUUUAUUAAGAUUGUAAGAGGAGUAUUUGAUCUAGAUUUUUAAUAAAAUCAACCUUUUUUCGGUGGAGUCUUAUUAGUUGGAUACAUGUCAGCACUUGAUUGUAUUUGCGUGAUUUGUGAUAAAAUGAUUCCACGUAAAA